AUGAACGGCGAUGCUGGUCUCGUCGGCUGCCUGGUCGAUAGGCUUGCCACUAGACUUCCCCACAGGACAGGAACUCAUGGGCAGGAGCUUCAGCAGGACGACGUUGUCCUCAUCACGAGGUCUACCCUAGUCAAAGUCAGCACAUCUGCUGUUGCCUUUGUUCUCGACUCCCUCGUCGCGCUCCUCGAAGACAUAAUUCGAAACUACAAGGGCCUUCCCCCACCCGCCCAUCCUCCUCACGUCCUCCUUUCCGAAGUCUACGUCCUUGCCCUGGCUGCCGACUGCUGCACCGCUCACUGGGACCAAGUCAAGGCCCAAGGCCUACGCCAGCCCUCUGCUGAUGCCGACGCUCGUCGUGUUACACCGGCAAACCUUGCAAGUGUUCCCGAACCGUUAGAUGAAGCCCUUGUCAACCGUGUCUUCGACUUGGUCAAGUGGCUUGUCGAGCCCAUUCCUGAGGGCUAUGUUCUACCCUCGUCCACUAUCCUCGACGAUACCUCGAGACACGCCGACCCCAUUGCCCGUCCGCCGGGUGGUCUUGCCUCGCCGCUUCCUGGUGAUGCUGACGCUGCCGAGGACGACGAAGCCCCGCCCAUUACACAGCUAGCCGUUUUGGAACCUUGCAUUAGAAUCAUUGUGGAAUACGUCACAGCCUCUACUUGGUCCUGCUCCUUUGACUACUUCAGGAACGUCGUUUAUACCGUUCGCACUGCAGCUGUUGUGCAAGCUGCUCCUGGCCAAUCGGCCGCGACGCCCGACGAUGAUAAGGCUUCCCUGGCGGUACUCAAGAUCCUGUCCUUCUUUUGGGUCGAUGCUCAAAAGUUGGGUCUCAUAAUUCAGGAGAUAUGCUCCAGCUUCCUACAUUUCCGCAAAUCCUUCCAGAACACCGUUGCCGUCGUCGCCCCCUUGCUAGUCACCAGAUGGCUUGACCGUUAUCCCCAUGAAUUCGUGCAGCAGCAUACUCUACACAAGCGUCUCGACGGCGGCGCCGACACUCUGUUUGACAUGACGCAGACAGUCGUUGACAAUGGUCGCAAGAAAGGGGUGUUAUACCCCCUGCAGACAACGUUGCUAUUCCUGCUUCCCGAUGUUUUCGAGGUGGCUAGUAAUCUCCGCGAGGCCAAAAGUAGCAGUAUGGCAAAGAAGGUGGGCUUUCUGGACAACCUGAGGAAGGCGCUCAGGAACAAGAAUGAGCAGGCUGCUUACUCUUUGGUGUCCCUAUUGAGGGCAUCUCGCCACUUCGUUGUCGAGGACGAUGCCGCAUUAGUGAGCUACGCAAUGGAUGUACAAGACGAGGUUCGCGAGGCCGUUUUCCGGCGCGGCAACGAGUCUUCCUUGUUCGAUCAAGACCUGAUGACAGCUGCAUUUGUGAGCCUUGCUGAACUGAGUCUAGAAAGCUGCAUCGACUCGCUAAGAGAGUCAUAUCUAGGCCUCUCUUCGCCACAGGCUUUCAAGACUGCCGUCGUCCAAGGUUGCCGUUACUUCGCCCGUCAAAAUGACUCGCACAUUUAUGAGCAGCUUUUUGCCGUCGCGGGACCGUUCAUGCGGACUCAACUCAAGGCCGUCGCGGAAUUGCCAGCAGAAUCCACCACCCUCGCUCUGGCUCUCCCGCGCCGUGACUCGAAUCUUCACUCGUUCACAAACAUGGCAUGUGAUGUUCUCAGGUUUCUGGAUGCUUCACCCCGCUCCCUCUUCGACGGCGAUAGCCUAGGCGACAGUGUUACUGGCACCGCUGACGAGGACGUCUUUUUGUCCUUCCUCUCGUGCGUCGUGUCUGCCAACCCGACUAUCCGGAAACUCGCCACAGGUGUUGCGAAGCGCCUUUUCUCCGACAAUUCCAUUCUCGAUACCCUCCGCGCUCGUGGUAGACUGAGUUCUGCAGCACUUAAGAGGGAAUUCUGGCGACGCAGCUCCUUGGUAUUACUCAAUAUGUGCAACAACAUUACGUCUGAUGGCAACGGCCCAGAGGUCAAGGCUAUCCAUGAAUACCUUGAAGCCCGGAAGUUUUUGCUGGCAUCGCUGCGGGAGCUAUCUGACAUGCCCGAAGGUGUACCCGAGAUUGAGGCAGCAUCCUCCAGACUCGAAACCACGCUGCUCGUCUCUUUGUGUUCUGCCGAUGUCGACACCUGUCAGACGGUCACCGCAUGCAUAGGCCUCUCUUUUGAAGAGAACAACCUCGUGGACAUUACCUCUGAUACAGCCAAGGGAUUUGCUACUCUACGACGCAAUGGUGAGGUGUACGGCGAGAUCGCAUCUCGAGCAUUCCGGUUCACAGGACUCGUCGCUUUUCAAAAGAGGGUUCGCGGCUUGCUCCGCCGUUUGCAGUAUCCUACGAGCGGCAUCCUCUCGGCCUGGGAGUAUGGCUUCGAACGAUGGCUCCUUCUGUCGAGAGAAGUUUCAAUGGCACCUGUCGAUGCUGUUGACGAAAGAACGCUGACCGAGUGGCGGAACUACUCGGGUUUCCUCGCAUCUCUUGGUGGAAUAUGCACGGCGAACCAGACAAUCAUCCUUGAGGAACCAACACUAAGCGGCCUGAGGUGGAUCGAUAGGCUUCCUUCGGAAAACCAUGAAGAGCCCUUGUUGGGCAGGUAUCUCAAGUUGAGCAUUCAACUUCUUGGAUGUGCGAGCGUCAGGAUCAGAGAAGCGACCAGGGAGGUUCUAUCGAGUGAGGUGUCAUCCACGCUCUACCAAGCACUAUUCAAAUCUCUUGAGUCUGAGCUUGAGGUCCUUUUUACCGGUGCUCUAGCGCCGAGCGACAAGGCACAGGACGUCGAAAUCAUUUUUGCUGAGCAAGCAAUUUCUCUUCUGAAAGCACUCGUAGAGCGGCUCGAGAGUCCUUCAGAUCUCGGUGCUGCCUCGGCCAUACACCUUGGUGCUCUUGCACUCAACUUCGCGAAGUUCCUCGACGGCGUUGCUGACAGCACCAAUACCCUGCGAGUCAAGAUCAAGGUCUGCCAGUUGUGCGAGGCAGUUACGAAGAGAAAGGAACAUUUGAACCUCAGAGACGACGUGCGAAUCCGAAAUCAGCUCUUGGAGUAUAUUUUUGGUUGGAUUGCUCGGCCUCGGUCUCCGCGGCUAGACCCAAGUACCAGCUCAAGUGGCCGUCUAGACGAAGUCGUGAGAGUCCAGAAAGACUUGGACAAGGCUUGUCUUAAGUCACUUGCCGAGCUUACUUUCCGUCUGCCCUUGCAGCCUGGCGAAGGUCAGACCGACGCUGGUACGAGCGAGCUCAAGUCACAGAUGUUCCAUACCUACUUCAACAGAUUUCUCUCGCUACUCAACCACGAGUCUCUUGAAGGCGGCAGAAACGAUCUUAUGGCGGGAAUAUCCAGUCGUGACGAGGGCGGAUCUUCGUCAGAAUUUGCUAUCACCAUUCUCUCAAAUCUACUCAGUGCCAAUAUCGACGUCGGCCUGAAGCACUCUCUAAAUAUCGGAUACCAUGACAACGUUGAGAUUAGGACAGCAUUUGUCAAAGUCCUUUACAAUAUUCUCAUUCAAGGGACAGAAUUUAGCAAUCUUACAGACGCUGCGGUCAGUGAGAAGUAUGACGAGUUGCUCGAGCUCCUGACAAAGGAUAUGACGCUGGUAGCAGCGAUGAGCGCCGUGUGCCCAAGUAGUGAGGUUGAUGAGCUGACUGUUUCUCUGUUAACAAUAUUUGAACAUCGCGGUCUCAGUUUCGAGCUGCUGGAAGUUCUCAUCAAGCAAGAGAUCGAAGAAACAGAUAACGAGUCAGAGAUACUACGGCGGACGUGCGUAGCAACCAAGAUGCUAUCCGUCUACGCCAAGUGGAAGGGACAACCGUACCUCAAGGCAACUCUGCAAAAGGUCGUCGAGAGAUUGAUGUUGACUUCGAAGGACCUAGACCUCGAGUUGGACCCGGCUCGCGUGAGCUCUACGGACGAGCUCCAGAAGAAUGCCCUCCAAUUGCGCAUCGUAGCAAAGGUAUUCAUAGACGACAUUUGUGCGUCGUCUUCCACCAUGCCGACCUCAUUCCGCAGGAUCUGCAAUAUCAUCUCUGCUGCCGUGCUUCCGCGAUUUCAGGAGGCCAAGUAUACGGCCGUGGGGGCAUUCGUUUUUCUUCGAUUCUUCUGCCCAGCCAUCGUUGCGCCCGAGGUCGAAGGUCUGGUUACCACGACACCAUCAAAGGAGAUGCGACGAGGUCUUCUCCUCAUCGCGAAGGUCAUCCAGAAUCUGGCAAAUAAUGUUUUAUUUGGAGCCAAAGAGCCAUACAUGUUCCCCUUGAACGAUUUCCUCACCCAGAACAUUUACCGGGUCACAACUUUCUUGCGCGAAAUUUCUGUGCCCCCUGAGAAUCUCGAAACUCCGCCUACGAUCGAGUCUUUUGAUUUCGGCUCUUGCGUUGCGCUACAUAGGUUUCUAUAUGACCAUUGGGAUCACAUGCGCCAGAGACUCGUUACUCAGGAACGAAAGGACUUCGUGCGGUCGCCUGCUGAGGUAUCUCGGGGUCGGUCGCCUGUGCUCGAGCCCUUGCGGAAUCUCAUCACGAACCUAGGCCCUCCGCCUUUAGCUGUGACCUGGAACAGACCCCAAAUAUCGACGAAUACCCCGCCUUCAUACUCGAGGUUUCAAAACUUUAUGCUUCGAAACGCUUUCCGGAGUACUGAAUCUUUUAUCACUGCCAGAGCCGUCUAUGACGGAGGUGAAAGCAAGGACUCUCUUUCCAUCAUUUGCAUCAUUCUACGGCAUAUUGACGCCGAGAGCAUAGACUACGAUACUCUUUUGUACUGCUACCUAAAGAUCGCAAGUCGUCUGUGGCACAAGCCUUUUGGUCUGCUCAUCGACGCCACUUGCUACAAUGGCCAGAACGAACCUCAAGACGAGCUGUUCAAGAAGCUGGAACAGCUUACGCCCGUAGAGUUGUCCAGGAAUCUUGUAAGGGUCUACGUCUACAACAUGAACAGCGCAUUCAGGAAAUGUUUCCGAAGACUUCUCCGGGUUUCUGCCAAGAGCGACAACAGCGUCUUCAAUCCAAAAAAUGUUGACUACCAUUUAAUUGGCAGCCUUCAAGAUUUGCAAGCUCAUUUUCACCUCAGCCAACUUCACCUCCCUAAGGAGACGAUCAGUGUUGUUACAGAUACCCGAUACGUGUUUCAACCCAUUACCCGACUGUCCAAGACAAAGGGUAAAAUUGAAGUUGUCAUCAAGGUUGGCAGCCAAUUUGUACAAGUCACAACCACGAAGAAGCAGGAGGUCUUUCCUGGCUAUCGAUUGAGCACUACUGUGAACGAUAUCUUCAGGCUAGGCGAGGUGGAAGAAGCUCCUACGUCAAUACAGACUGAAGAUGACUCAGCCUUUGGUCUGCGUGCGGAUAAUGGCAAGAUUGUCAUGUACUUCACCAGCCCUAAGAAGGCCGACGUACUCCAGACGAUUCGCGGCGCGAAGGCUAAAUACGGCAAGGAUACGAGGGCACACAAGGCCUACGAGCGGUUGAUCCGUCCACAAGAUGUGCCGGGCACCUUGCUGAAUCUAGCCCUGACAAACCUGUCAAGCGCCGACCAUGUUCUCAGACUGUCAUCUUACAAUCUUCUCGGUGCCCUUUGUAAGGCCUUCAAGUUUGGCGCGGCUGCGAACUUGAUGUGCACCAAAGAUGUUUCUGUGCCCAUGGACCCGUCUCAUUUCAUCAUCAAGAUUAGCAGACAAUUGGCAACAUCUGAGCCUCAAUUGACCUUUGACUUUUUGACCGAGUUUUUCGUCGGAUGGGAGACUUUCACGGACGAGCAGAAGCCGCUCAGUCUGGCAUACAUGGCCCCAUGGCUACCGGGCUUACGCACCGGGGUUUUAGCGAACGAAUCUGAUGCUGAGAAGGGAAAGGAAAAGAUUGCAGCUCUAUUCCGCAAACUCAUAGAUGUGGCCAUGUCAGACCACGGGCUUACGUAUACGCUUGAGCAAGUCGUCUGGCCCGCCAUUUACCAGGACGAAACAAUACUCGAAAUUUUCCUCGAGGAGCUCAUGAGGGCAGCACUAAGCUUUGGGUUCUCCGAAGAGCCCAUGGAAGCCUUGUCGUCAAUCGUCUCAGGUAUGGGCAGCAUCACCCUACGCGGUAAGGUGAUAUCCCGGCUACGCAAGGCUUUGAAUCGGUCUUCCCUCCGGCCUACAAAGUACUUGCCUGACAAUGCAGUGUGGGCUGAGAUCUGCGUUCUACUUCACUUCUGUUUGUCGUUGUCAUUCGAUAAUGGCGUGCAAUCUCAGCUGUAUCUACCGGAGAUAUUUCACAUCGUCACCAUCUUGGCCAACACCGGGGCUCCAGAGGUUCGCUUGCUAGUACAGAGGCUUCUUGUCAACACUGUACACGCGGCUUGCACGUCAUUCAACCUAGACGAGACUCGGUUCAACAAGCUCAGAGGCAGCUUAGACUUCCUAAGCGAGCCCAGGAGCGAAAUAUUCUCAACACCACCCCCUUUCCUACGCGAUGGAGCGUCCAUGUCGACUACGCAAGAUGCCGGGCCUUCACUAACCGCCACCGAGAACCUAGCGGCUGUCUUGUUUGAGGUCUGCUCGGUAGCAGCGCCCUCCGUCGAUAUCUCCAAUGCCUGGAGGUCUCGCUGGAUGAGUCUGGUGGCCAGCACCGCAUUCCAGAAUAAUCCGGCUAUUCAACCUCGGGCUUUUGCCGUCAUGGGCUGUUUAGCCCGAGAGGAAGUGGAUGACGACCUACUCUACCAAGUUCUUGUCGCUCUACGAAAUAGCGUUGGCCGCUUGGGUGACGACACUAACAGCGACAUGCUCAUUUCCAUUGUAACGUCUCUGUCCAAGAUGAUGGCAAAGCUCCCUUCGGCAUCUCGUUAUGGUCUACAGCUCUUCUGGCUAGCCAUUUCCCUUCUACGAUUGGUUCCUCCGGCUCUAUUCAACUGCACGGCUCAGUUCUUGGAGGCGGUCAUGACCAACAUUAGCACGGUGGGUGAUCUCAGGGGCGACAAGAUGGGCCCUCUUCUACUCCAGGGUCGCGUUCAGCUAGAAGAGGCGGCCCUGCCUCUGGACGACGCAUACGGUAUUCACUUCACGCCGGAGAACUUUCAUUUCGCAGUCUGCGCAUGUCUCGCUCGCGGUCUUGCGGACACUACCACCAAAACGAAUGCCAUGCGAGUACUCUCGGCCUUCUUAGAUAUGGCGGGCAAUCCUGUUGACGACGCUGAGCAUCCGCCUGAUGACUUAUCUCGGUCGCCUUACAUGGCUCUCAUCCUCGCCCGAACAGUUGGGAGCGAUGAGCUCAGAGACAGUUUAUGGCUCGCAGGAAUCAACCCUUCGCUCUUGCGAGAUGUCACUGGCCAGCAAAGAUACGAUGAUCUCAGCGGCAUGAAGGAUAAAGAUCUCCUCCUAAACACGGCCAUCGAGUUGAUUGACUUUCAGUACCUGGAAGACGCACUACAGAACCGGACGCUACAGUGGCUGACUGAACUCGCAGCAGCCAGGCCAUCUGUGAUCAUGCACCUCUGUGGGCCCAUUGUAUCUAUCCUGGAUGACGUCCUUCUGCAUUGCCAGAAUUCAUCAACUUUGGAGUCUGCACAGGAUCUGCUACAUGCACUCACGUCCAAUCCAAAGUUUAGCGCAGCGUUAGAGUCUACAGCCGUCUUGAACGAAAUCCUUGAGGACAUGGGCUUCAGCGGGCUGUGGCGCUCAUGCUCGUUCAGUUUCAGCCAAGAUCAAGACAGGAAGUGCUUUCUUUUAACUGAGAAGCUGAUAGAAGUAAGUUAA